AUGCAGCCCUCCGCCAGGCCAUUGACGCACCAGCGCCCCUCGCUGUCGAGCUCCUCCCCCUCCGGCUUGCCUGGCCGCCAGGCCCACGCCCGAACCAACUCGCACUCGCACUCGCUCCUCACCGGUGCCCUCAAUGCCAACCACCGAGUGACCCGUCGCAAGUCGGUCACAACCAAUAACGGCCCCAACUUUGCUGCUCUCACGGCCGCCGUCGCCGGCGGAGAGCAGACGGCUGCCAUGCCCAUUGCCAACGCCGCUCGACGCAACACCACGUCCAAGGCAAGGGUUGGCAGCCUUCCUUCGCCUCCCGCGAGCCUGCCGCUCCACAAGACCGUCCCAGAGAUUGUCAAGGACAGCAGCGCCAUCGACGACGAGACUCACGACGGGUCCGCGGACGAGGCGGCGACCAAGUUCCAGAAGGCGCGUAUCAGGCGUGCUAGUGACGGCCAGCCGCUCGCCAAGGAGUCCAAGAAGAGCAACCGCGUCGAAGUCCGAUGCGAAAAGUGUGGCAAGGGCUACAAGCACAGCAGCUGCUUGACCAAGCAUCUAUGGGAGCAUACCCCCGAGUGGUCCUACACCUCCAAACUGCUCAUCUCGAAGCACCAGCAGGUCCAGCUUCUCGAGGCUGCCUCUGUGCUCGUUGCAAUGAACGGCAAGGAGAGCACGACCACGCCGCCAGACUCGGCCAAGGACUCGGCCAGCGAGCCCGACUCUGCGUCUCCUGCAGCUUCGGGUUACUCGGAGCAGCCCGAGCGCCAGAGCUCGGCUGACACCACCCCGCCCCCGAUGACUGACGGCAUCAAUUUUGCCUCGUCGUAUCGUGACACGUCGGAAUUUGCGCGAAGCUACCAGUCGGGCUCGCUCAAGCCAUCCUUCAUGUCAGGGAGCAUCCCUAGUGGAACGGGAUUCGGCCACUCGCGCCAACCCAGCCACGAACGUCGCCCACCGUCGUCGGGCGCCAACAGGACGGGCCAAGAGGACCGCGACCUGGCGGCUGCCGUGGAACUGCUCAGCUGCAGCUUUGGAAGCAACAACGGCUCCCACGGCACCGUGACGCUGCCGGCAGACGCACCCCCCGUGCCUCCAGUGCCGGCGCAGUACCUGGACCAGGCGUCGUCGCUGGCGAGCGCCAGCUUCAUCAACAGCUUCCCGCGACGUCAGCCGGAGAGCUUCACGCGGGGCGAGCUGCGACGCGGCAGCGAGGACGUCAAGAUGGAGGACAGCGGCGAUGACGACGACUUCGACAUGCGAUCGCGGGCCCGAAGCGACGAGGACGACGACGGCGUCUUUGGGCGUAUGGAGGAAUGA